AUGCCGGCCGUCACUUUCCAUGUUUACGAGGGGUUUGGCCAGUAUGCCAAAGAGAACCUCCACUUCAGUCAAGCAGUCAGAAUCGGCGACAGGGUUGAGAUCUCAGGUCAAGGCGGCUGGAAAGCCAACACACUCCCACCGACCCUCUCCGACAGCUUGGAGGAGCAGAUCGAUCAGGCGUUCAGCAACAUCGACUUAGCGAUGCGAGCGGCAGGCGGCAACGGCAUCUCGCAGGUUUACCGCAUCAGCUCUUAUCAUGCGCGGUUGUCGGCCACACCGGAGACGAUGGAGAUCAUGACUAAGGCGCUUGCAAAGUGGUUUCCGGACUACUGUCCUAUAUGGACUGCGGUGGGCGUGGAAGCUCUGGGGUUGUCGGAGAUGAUGGUGGAGAUCGAGGCAGUAGCGUACGACCCAAAGGAGUAG